UUUCUUUUUUCGAGAUUUACUCCUUUAAAUAAGUAAAUAAUAUUACAAUGACAUUUACUCACUGCGUAAUGUUAUUAAAAUAAAGUUGUUUACUAUGUAUUAUUUGCUACAUAAAAACAGUAUUCUCAAUACUAAUACAUUAUUUAUGCACUCCCGCAACUUAUCUACUAUCACAUACGACACUCUACACGAUGUAUGAGGCUGGGAUUUUUGUUUUUGGCACUAAAUUAUUCCCGGAACGGUCUCGAGACGGUAUUUCUUCUUUGCCACUUGAGCUCUCGUGGCAAAUAUUCAAGUACCUAGAUGACGUAACUCUGAGAAACGCAAGUUUCGUCUGCAUAACCUGGAAGAGGAUUAUUCAUUCAAAUAAAUCACUGAAACGUCGACUUAAUCACUUUGAAACAGUUUUGAAAGUAGGGUCUGAAAACUUGGCCAAAUAUCACAGAAGAAAUAGAAAGAUAUUGAAGAAACUUGACAAGAAAAAUUAUUUGAGUAUUGGAGAGAGUAAAGUGGAAUGGACAAGGGAAACGAUAAUUAAAACGAAAAGACCGGGAGAAAACAUCGUGGUUCGCACAAAGAGAUACAAACUUUUUUGAUUUACAAAAAAGAGGAAUGUUAUAAUUUUAGCAUUAAAAAGUUACUUACAAUUUGUUAAGUUCAGA